AUGCCGACGCCGGUAAAUAUAGCCAGGCAAUGCUUAGCUCCGGAGGCAGUUCAAGCUUUGGAUGAGGCGGUGGCCGUAGCUCACCGUCGUUGCCAUGCUCAAACGUCGUCGCUUCAUGCUGUGUCAGCUUUACUAUCACUCGCUUCAUCUCCACUUCGGGAGGCGUGUGGACGCGCUAGGAACAGUGCGUAUGCUUCACGCAUCCAGUUCAAAGCGCUGGAGCUUCGGUUAGGUGUGUCUUUAGAUCGGCUGCCGUCGACACCGCAGCGAGUAGAGGAGCCGCCGGUUUCGAACUCGCUCAUGGCGGCGAUUAAACGAUCUCAGGCGAAUCAGAGACGACAACCGGAGAAUUUUCAUUUGUAUCAGCAAACGGCGGCGUGUUCUCCGUCGUCGGCUUCGGUUUCGGUGGUGAAAGUUGAGUUGCAGAAUUUGAUUCUGUCGAUACUGGAUGACCCGGUUGUGAGUCGGGUAUUUGCAGAAUCGGGGUUCCGGAGUUCAGAUAUCAAGUUAUCCAUACUCCGACCCAUUCAACGUCAACUCCUUCGUUGUAAAGGCCUGCCGAUUUUUCUCUGUAAUUUAACUAAUAAUUACGGUUUUCCAUAUCAUGGGUUCUUAGAAAACAACGAAAUCUAUAAAAGAAUCAACGAAGUUCUCGUUAGAAAACCAGGUAAAAGGCGGAAUAACCCACUGCUUGUUGGUGCAUCCGCCAUUGAUGCAGUUAGAAUUUUCUUAGAAACCUUACAGAAAAGAAAAAAUGGUGCGUUUUCUCCACCAGAAUUAUCCGGAUUAACUGUAAUUUGCAUUAAAGAUGAAAUUCUUAACUUUGUUAGUGGGAAUUCUGAUGUGAGCUUGUUGCAAAUGAGGUUAGAUGAGGUUGGUAGUGUUCUGAAACAGAGCAUAGGGCCUGGUGUGAUCGUCGAAUAUGGUGAUUUGAAGGCUUUAAUCGGUGAAAACUCUGCAGAUGCUGUUACCUUUCUAAUCAGAAAAUUGGGUGGCUUACUGUCGCUUCAUAGUGGUAGAUUCUGGUUGAUUGGAGCUGCAGAAAGCCAUGAAACUUGUAUUCAAUUUUUCAAAAAAUUUCCUACUGUUGAAGAAGAGUGGGGCCUUCAUGUUCUUCCCAUCAAUUCCAUCAGACCUGCCAUGGCAGAAACAUUCCCAAAAUCCAGUCUAAUGGAGUCCUUCGUUCCAUUUGGAGGGUUCUUUUCUGUGCCAACUGAUAUCAAAACCCCAUUUAGGAUACGGAACCAUUUUGGAUCCUUAUGUCACAUUUGUGAUGAAAAGUUUAAACUUGAAGUGAACGCUGUUUCUAAAGGACUCAACGGUUCGGUUUCAGAUCACCAUCGAUCCAGCUUGCCCUCUUGGUUACGGACAUCCCAAGAUGUGGUGCAGGCCCAAGAUGAUCCUGUUGUAGCGAGUGCUAAAGUCAUCGGGCUGCAAAAGAAAUGGCAUAAUAUUUGUCAGCGGCUUCAUCAAGGUGAACCUUACGUGCAGAUGUUACCUAAAUCGACAUACACAGUUGGACCCCAUGUUCCCUCAGUUGUCGGCUUUCAAGUCGUUGAAAGCUCGAAGCAAAAUGUUGGCGAUCACAAUGCAUCUUCAAUCGAAAGUGGAAGCAUUACAAUAUCAAAAUCAAACUCCAAGAACGUUAAAGAUUCACCAAUUGUUUGCAGCCUUUCAGGUUCAAGUGAAGAUACAGCAUCUCCAGUGUCAGGGACGUCCGUGACUACUGAUCUGGGGUUGGGAGUAAAUCGUUCAUCCUCCUCUUUUCCAGUAUCCCGUGGCCAGUUUGAUCAGAAAGAUCUGAAAUUGCUGUAUUCUUCCCUGUUCACAAAGGUUGGCAGACAAGGAGAGGCUCUUGGUGUGGUUAACCAAACCAUAGCUCGUUGCAGGACUCGGCCUGGAUCCAACCAGGGUGGUAUCUGGUUCGGAUUCAUGGGACCAGAUCGAGACGCUAAGAAGAAAAUCUCGGUCGCUCUUGCUGAGGUGUUGCUCGGAGGCAGGGAGAACAUGAUCUGUGUUGAUCUAAGUUGUCAAGAUUUUAUGGACGGUUUUGAUAUAAAGUUGCGAGGGAAAAACGUUAUUGAUUUCAUCGCGGAUGAACUGAUGAAGAAACAGUUAUCGGUUGUUUUCCUUGAAAACGUCGAUAUGGCUGAUACGCUGACUCAGCAUCAUUUAUCUCUAGCUGCAAGUACCAGGAGGUUUUCGGACUCUCAUGGCAGAGAAGUAAGCAUCAGCAAUGCAAUCUUUGUGCUAACUUCGAAAUUCUUCGGAUUACACGAGCUCGAGGGUGUUGACUAUACGGAGGAAAUAAUUCUAAAAGCUAAACACGGGUCCAUCCGUUUGUUGACCGGGUUCGACCUCGGUGACAUGAAACCGAGCCCGAAAGCCGUGCGUGUUACAAGAAAUGAACACACUGGUUCACCGGUCUGCAAGAACAAAAGGAAGCUGGAUGGCAGCUUAGAGGCUGCAAAACGAGGCCACCGGACCACCACCAAUAACCUGUACCUGGACUUGAACCUGCCUGCGGAAGAGGGUGAUACAGAUUACGACUCUGCCCCUGAGAACUCACAUUCAUGGUUGGAAGAUCUUCUCCAAAAUGUGGACGAAAAGGUGGUGUUUAAGCCGUUUGACUUCGAUGCAGUUGCUGAGAAGAUUCUGAAACAAAUCGGCGAUUGUUUUGAGAAAAGUGUUGGGUUGGAUUGUUUGCUGGAAAUCGAUUUUAAACUGAUGGAACAGAUUCUAAAAAAUUCAUGCUUUCUAGAAACGUUGAAGACUGAGGAUUGGAUCAAGGAGGUCCUUGGCGAAGCAUUUGCAGAAGCUGGGAGGAAGUACGAUCUUGGUUCUCACUCGGUGGUGAAACUUAUUGCCGGUGAGGUGGCGGAGGAGCAACCCAGCGGCGGCGGUGUUCUUCCUGAUAAAAUUAUAGUGAGCUGAUGAAGUGUAUAAUGUAGCAGUAGCAGCUAGCUAGCAGUAGCAAGUAUAGGAAAGUAGUUUGUGGAAGUUCAGGGGUGUGAAGUGAUGGUUUGUUGUUUUAGGGGUUUUUGUGCUGUAUAAUACAUGUAUGUAAUAGUAAUAGUAAUAGUAAUAGUGAUAGUAUUAUGUGAUUUUAUAAUACACU